AUGUCCGCCCAAAUGGAAUACGUUCGGUAUGAGCCCCGCGCCUACCUCGGAAACUCAGGCCUGAAGGUGUCCAAGAUCAUUCUUGGUACUAUGGGGAUUGGAACCUCUGAAUGGCAGGAUUGGGUUCUGGAUGAGGAGGAUUCCCUGCCUCUGAUCGAGCACGCAUACAAGCGGGGAAUCAACACCUGGGAUACGGCCGACGUCUACUCCCAUGGUCGCUCUGAGGAGAUCGUGGGCAAGGCAUUGAAGAAGUAUAACAUCCCCCGCAACCGCGUGGUGAUCAUGACAAAGUGCUUCUUCGGCGUUGAUGACGAGGGUGCCCAACCUGCCAUCUCCGCCACCGCUCGCAAUGACGGCGCCUUCGUCAACCGUGCCGGUCUGUCUCGCAAGCACAUCUUUGACGCUGUCGACGCCAGUGUCGAGCGUCUGGGCACUUAUAUCGAUGUGCUGCAGAUUCACCGUCUGGACCGGGAAACUCCCCGUGAGGAGAUUAUGAAGGCUCUCAACGACGUUAUUGAGAGUGGCAAGGUCCGCUAUAUUGGAGCCAGCUCGAUGGCUGCAUGGGAGUUCCAAACACUGCAGAAUAUCGCCGCUCGGAACGGCUGGCACAAGUUCAUCUCGAUGCAGAACUACCACAACCUGCUUGAUCGUGAAGAAGAGCGCGAGAUGAUCCCCUACUGUCUGGACAGUGGCGUCUCACUGAUUCCCUGGUCUCCGAUGGCCCGGGGUGUGUUGACCCGACCAUGGGGCUCGACUGCAAGUGUUCGCGAGAACACUGAUGCUACUCUGAAGGGCAUCGUGCGUGGUCGUGAGAGCGAGGCUGAUAAGAAGAUUGUCGAUCGCGUUGAGGAGCUGGCUGGCAAGAAGGGUGUGAGCAUGGCCCAGAUUUCUAUCGCUUGGUCGCUGAGUCAACCGAGUGAACAGCCUAUUCUUGGACUGAGCAGCAUCAAGCGUAUUGACGAGGCUGUUGAUAGUCUGCAGGUUAAGUUGACUCCCGAGGAGAUCAAAUACUUGGAGGAGCCUUAUCUGCCAAAGGCUAUCCUCAAGCAGUAG